CGAGUUUGCUUCCUGUAAAUCCUGUGCUCACGAUGAGUCAAACGGACUCAAGCACGCGCAUUGCGCGCGUCUUCUGCGGAACAUUCGUGCACUCCACACCGAGCGCAGCCUUACAGAUUUUGGAAAACUGUGUGCUAGGAGUCAACGAUAAGGGGAAGAUUGCAUUUAUUGAUAAAGAUUCAGAUGUGGACAGCCUUUCAAAAACCUGGGGGUUUGACACUGCAGAAAUAAUAAAGCUUGAACAAUAUGAGUUUUUUAUGCCAGGAUUGGUCGAUACACACAUCCAUGCGUCGCAGUAUAGCUACAGUGGAACCGCCUUAGAUUUGCCUCUUCUGGAGUGGCUUAACACUUACACUUUCCCUGUGGAGGCUCGGUAUAAAGACCUGGACUUUGCCAACAAUGUCUACACCAAAGUAGUGAAACGAACCUUAAAAAAUGGAACCACCACGGCUUGUUACUUUGCCACGAUACACAGAGAUGCCUCUCUUCUCCUUGGAGAGCUUGCAGAUAAGUUUGGCCAGAGAGCUUUAGUUGGGAAAGUUUGCAUGGACUGCAAUUCUGAAGUUCCUCAUUACAGGGAAAGCCCAGACGAGUGUAAAGAGGAGACGGAUCGUUUCAUCAUUGAACUUCUGAAGAAAGAGUACCCGCGUGUUAAGCCUGUGGUCACUCCUCGCUUUGCUCUUUCCUGCUCCCCAUCACUGCUCAGUGAACUGGGUGAAAUCGCCAAUAACAACAAGCUUCACAUACAGAGUCACAUCAGUGAGAACAAGCAGGAGGUGGAUCUUGUGAAGGAACUGUUCCCAGACUGUAAAUCUUACACUGAUGUUUACCUCAAGCACAACCUGCUCACAGAUAAGACUGUAAUGGCCCACGGCUGUCACCUAACCGAUGAAGAACUGAAGAUUUUCCAUGAAAAAGGAGUGGCCAUCUCUCACUGUCCAAACAGUAACAUUUCGAUUUGCAGUGGGCUGCUGAAUGUGCGCAACGUUCUGAACCACAAAGUGAAAUUGGGUUUAGGGACAGACGUAGCAGGAGGUUACUCCCCAUCCGUUUUAGAUGCUAUUCGAAGAGCUCUGGACACAUCGAAAGCCUUGACCAUCCAGGACCCUAAGCAUCAGACUCUAACUUUUGAGGAGGUGUUUAGACUGGCUACACUUGGUGGUAGUGAGGCCCUCUCAUUGGAUGAUCAAAUUGGGAACUUUGUGGUGGGGAAGGACUUUGAUGCCCUGCGAGUGAAUGUUUGCAUUCCUGGUGGACCAAUCGAUUUGUUUCCAGGAGAGGGCACCAAGGUCAUUCUGGAAAAGUUUUUGAAUUUAGGAGACGAUCGAAAUAUUGCUGAAGUGUAUGUGGCUGGAAAACGAGUGGUUCCUUUUUUGCAUGCAUAGUUAUCAUAUUGUUACUAUAAAUGUAAUGCCUGAAGGGGUUGUUUUUAGAUUAAGCUUCUAGCAAAGGAUCUAGAUUUUAUUGACACGUCUAGAUUUAUAUUAUUUGACUUAUAUUUUUAAACAUCUCUUUUUAAAUUUUUAUUUGUUUAACCCUUUUAUUGUCAUAUAUGUGCUUUUUGUUGAUUUAUGUUGAUCAUGGGGGAAAUAGGAUAAUACACAGCACUUAUAAUUUUAUUAUUCAAAUGUAAAUCACAAAGUAAUUACUUAAUUAUGGAUAAUAAAUGAAUAGCAUUACUUUAUAAUGUACUAUUGUUUGUGAUAAAAUAAUAGCUGCACAUGCACAUUCACAAACACUCAUCUAGCUGUCAAACUCACCUGUUCUUUUACUGUCUAUGAUGACAGCUGUUAAGAUCACAGCUCUUAGUCUUUACACUCUCCUUGGGUUCACCAAAUGCAAAAACAAGUCUUCCAGUUUAAAUCUGAAAUGUAUUUGUGACCCUGGACCACAAAACCAGUCAUAAUAGCCAACAAUGCAUUGUAUAGGUCAAAACUAUAUUUUUUAAUGCCAAAAAUGUAUUAUGAUAUUAAGUAAAGAUCAUGUUCAAUGAAGAUAUUUAUAUAUUAUCCCACCAUAAAUAUAUAAAAAAUAUUCAUCAUAUUAAUAUGUGUUGCUAAGGACUUCUCAAUUGUUUGAUUUUUGCACCUUCACCAAAAUAGUUGUAUCUUUGCCAAAUAUUGUCCUAUCAUAACAAACCAUACAUCAAUGAAAAGCUUUAUUCAGCAUUCAGAUGAUGUAUAAAUCUCAAUAAAAAAAAAACACCCUUAUUACUGGUUUUAUGGUCCAGGGUCACAUUUGAGCAGUAAAGUUGCUUCAGUUCUUGAUUUGAUAAUAAUACUUUAGAACCACAUGAGGGCGCUAACACACUGUUGUUUAGUCUGCUGUACCGCACACUGCUGUUAAUGAUGCAUUAAAGACAUUACUCCCACUAAUGAUUUUAGUAAAACCAUUAAAUCUGAUUUGCUGCAGUGAGUAUGAUCCAUAUCUGACUAUAUUUAGCUCAUGUCUCGGUACAAGUCAGCAUGAUCUUUCUAUAUUUCUGCCUAAUUGUUUUAGGAUGGGUUAUGUUUUAAAUCACUAAUAAAUACUUGUAGGUUUCAUUUACGUAAAGCAC